AUGACGCAUGCAACUCAAUUUGCAUCCAACAUGUCAAUAGGCCAAGAAUUCAAGAAUAUGCAACGGCGGCUCUCCUCCGUCGCCGGAGCGGCCGAGUGCAAGAGCAUGGUGGAGGAGAGCCCCGUGGUAGUGGUGGCACUACGAGGCUGCUGCAUGAGCUUCGUCGUGAGGCGCCUACUCCAGUCUGUUGGCGCCAACCCGGAGGUGUGUGAGGUGGAGGAGAGGCAUGUCGACGAGCUGGCUCGUCAUUUGGGGGAGUCGGGCGGUGGAGUGCUGAUGCAGUUGCCAGCCGUGUUCGUUGGGGGCCGGUGGUUUGGUGGGAUCGAACGGGUUAUUGCCACGCUCAUCAGGGAAGAGCUCAGGCCAUUGCUCAAGCAAGCAGGAGGAUUGUGGCUAUGA